GAUCAUUUCCCUUGAAGAAAACUACUGAUUCCUCAACACUCUUGCAUUUAAUAUCACCUAUUUUCUCAUUCUUCUUUCUCCAUUUUUCAGUGCGGAGAGAAAACUGAGAAAGAUAAGAGAAGAAAGAGAGAUAGAGAGAGCCUAGAGUGGCAACAUUUUGCUCCGUUUCUUUUUAGUUUAAGCUAAAGAGAGACCUUGAAAGGCUUUCUGACAGAGCAAGGGUGAGACAAAGCAACUAUGACAAAGAAAUCAUGGUCUUUGCAGUGCCUUCUCUUCAUUGGGGGAUGCUAUCUGGUUUUGACAGCAGGAGCUGUGGUGCAAGAGAAGGCAGACACAGCAAUUCCAGUGACAACGUUGUCACCUCCAGAAGGCAACACAACAUUCCUUGACGGCACGACAUGGUGUGUGGCUCAUGCCGGGGUCUCUCAAGUUGAUUUGCAGAAUGCUUUAGACUGGGCCUGUGGACUGGGGAUGACAGACUGCAGAGAAAUCCAAGACGGCGCGGCGUGUUUCGAGCCGGACACUCUCCUCUCUCAUGCCUCCUAUGCUUUCAACAAGUAUUAUCAACAGAACGGGAAUUCUGAUAUUGCUUGCAAUUUUGGAGGAACUGCCGUUGUAACUAAAAAUAACCCAAGUUAUGGAAAAUGUGUCUACACCACAUCUGCAUCUCUAGUCUCUUCAGCACCUCCAUUGUUCAAGCAUUGUCCAAGCACCAUGGGGUGGAAACUUGCUGUGCUUCUACUGCUUUUGUAUUUGGGGUCAGUCAAUCUGGCACUCUUAGUAAAAUUGAUCUAAUCUGCUCAUUCCAAACUAUUCAAUGCUAUGGAAAGAGUCAAAGAGAGAAGCUAGCAGGAGGAUUUUGGGCAUGAUUAGAUUAAUAUUUUUGUUGAGUUGCCAGAAGAAAAUGAAAAAAAAGCAAGCAUUUUGUAAAUGUGGUUUGUUAAAAAUAUUCCUGUCUUUGUUCUUAGGUUAGGAAUCUAAAGCUGAGCAAAUCUCUCUUUUCCUUUUACUGUGUUCCCAUCAUCGCCAUCAAAAAAUUUGUUCCCAUUA